GAGUGACUUGGCUGGGGAUCAGCCACCUCUAUAUUCUGCUGAUCAGAGUAUCCUAUCUGAUGCCCCAUCCAGGGGAACUCUGCGGGUAACUAGCGAGAUGCCCUUGACUCCGGCCACCCUGGACUUGGAUUUGUCACCUUUUCUUAUCAGCAGCCUUGGAGACCCCGGGAACAUGGUGCUGAUGAACUGCCGGGUGUGUUUGGAGGACAGGUUCCUCAAACCCCUUGUUUGCUGUAAAGAACCUCUGUGCGAAGAAUGCCUGAAGAGAUAUCUCAGUUCCCAGGUGCAUAUAGGACAAGUGGAAAUAAAAUGUCCAAUAACAGAGUGCAAUAAAAACCUGGAUGAAUCCACAAUCGUGUACAGCCUGCCACGAGAUGAAAUACUCAAGUACAAGUACUUCCUGGAACUUAGCCGCAUGGACUCCAGCACCAAACCCUGCCCUCAGUGCAAGCACUUUACCACCUUUAAGAGGAAAAGCCACAUUCCAGCCUCAGCUAAAUCAGACAACAGGUUCAAAGUUCAGUGCCCGUCUUGCCAAUUUAUAUGGUGUUUCAAGUGCCAUUCUCCAUGGCAUGAAGGCAUUAACUGUAAAGAGUACAAGAAAGGGGAUAAAUUGUUGCGUCACUGGGCCAGUGAGAUAGAACAUGGGCAGAGAAAUGCCCAGAAAUGUCCAAAAUGCAAGGUCCAUAUUCAGAGAACAGAAGGUUGUGAUCACAUGACCUGUUCUCAGUGUAACACUAAUUUCUGCUACCGUUGUGGGGAGCAAUAUCGCCAGCUACGCUUCUUUGGUGAUCACACAUCAAACCUCAGUAUAUUUGGAUGCAAAUACCGCUACCUCCCUGAGAGACCACACGUAAGGAGAUUAGUACGAGGCUCUGUUUGUGCUGGUAAACUGCUGAUUGCACCCCUGCUCAUAGUUUUGGGUUUGGCACUCGGAGCCAUAGCAGUUGUAAUUGGAUUGUUUGGGCUACCUGUCUAUUGCCUUUGUAAAAAACAACGGAAAAGGACGCGUUCAACAGGUUUGCCCUGGUAAGAAUUGAGAACCCUCUAAAGCUUGAAACAGUCCUGCGGGGGCUUUACAAGACUGUGCAGCAGAGAGCAUUAUUGUGUCAAAGCCGCAAAAUCCCAAAAUUCAGAAGGACAGUUGAAGACUUUCGAUGCUCUGUACAGCUCCCAACGGAAGACCACAAUGCCACCUGUUCCUGGUGCACUCCUGGCUGGAUAUGCCCAGAAUUGCUGCUUACUUUAUUUUUAUGUGUGUGUUUUUAUUUGGGAACAUUGUUUUAAUUGCCAUUCCCUUAUCAGAAGUGUCAAUUUAGAACUAGUUUGCCAAUUUGUAGACAAUCAAAAUAAGAACCCUUAUUUGGACUUGAAAGCCUGGACAAACAAUGCUUCCUUCUCCGUUAUUUUUUUUUCCAUCAGGGUAAGACUCUAGUUCGUAAAGUUGUUUGAAGUUGAAAUGUAAAACCCAAGUCUUAUUUAUAAACAUGAUCGUUAUCAAACUGCCUUCGGUGUAGCCAACAAUGAAAUAUGCUGCAUCGUACCUUCCAAAAUGCAGUCCAACUGGUCUGUAGCAGUUCAAACUUAGUAGCCAAACCAUUACACAUGCGAUAGUUUAUCAAGAAUGGACAGCAAGGCGAAUACAAGUUAACAAAAUAAAGGAAAUGCAGGCAUUAUCCUCUACUAGUGGAUUACUUGUGCAGAGAUUUAAUUUUGCCAUAUGUUUGUACAAAGCUCUGUUGAUGAUUAAGCCUUUGACUGUCUAUUUCAUUACUAGGGUAUAAUUUGCUAAGCAACAAGUCUGAUUUAACUGUUUUGAUUCUAGCUACUCUGCCAUGUCACGAUAGAACAGCAUUUUUCUACAUUCAGGCUUUCCAAUAUCUGUGUGGAGUGUAGUACGGUGCCUUUUGCAGUUAUUCUAAAAGGGCACAACAUUCCUUUUGGUCUUUUGUUUGUUACAUAAUGCAAACAUGUCCAAGGGGCAGUGUUUGGGAUGUUUCAUGCUUCUCUUUGAUGGUAGAAAUCCUGUUUUGUAACAUUAUUUGUCCUGUUUUUUAUUUUAUUUAUUUUUUUAAAUAAUCUAUUUCUCUUUAUUUAUUAAACAAAUGGCCAUGUUAUGUUUGGCCACCACAGCCUUGGCUAAAUGGUCAAACAGAUUGCAAAUAGUUUAACAACUUACAUUUUUGGUCUGCUGAUCACCUGCUCUGUGAGAGCUGGAUGCUCCGUGCAUUGAGCAAAGCUUGCCAGUGAGAGCCAUCUCAUCUG